UUCAAGAAUUCAUACCCUUCUUUUUCAUCUCGCUCUUGUUCAAUUGUGAUUUAAGAUUGAGUGGUAUUAGAUGUUAAAUCAUAGAACAUUAAUUUUGGAAUUGUUUGGGCUCCAUCUCAUUAAGGAUUUUUUUUCCCCGUUUCAACUUCAUUACCAGAUCGAACUUAAAACUGCGCCAGCAGAUUUUCGAUUCCCAACAACCAACCAAACUCGACACUGUUUCACACGCUACAUUGAGUUUCACAGGUGUGUGGCUGCUAAGGGAGAAGAAUCUGGUGAUUGUGGAAUGUUUGCCAAGUACUAUCGUUCCCUUUGCCCUGGCGAAUGGGUUGAGAAGUGGAACGAGCAGAGGGAGAAUGGAACAUUCCCAGGGCCUCUAUAAUGCAAAACCAUGUCAAGAUUGGUUGUGCAUUUUACCUUUUGGUUUGAAACUGUCAUAUAAGUUAUUAAUUGAUUAAUAAGGCAUUAUUGCGAACAUGUUAUUGUUUAACUCUAGUACUUCAUCGUUGCAUAUAAACAUGUUGGCCAAGACGAACUUUUGAGGAGUUUCGUCUGUUAACCCGUACCAUUUUUUGCUCGCUAUUAAAAGCAUUUGUGUUGAUUUUAAA